UCCUUUGCUUGCUGAUGCUGAUCUUGGUAAUGCUGUUUUUUUUAAUGUUGAUGCUAGCUCUAUCCAGAUGCUACAUAUGCUUAUGCUGAUGCUGGUUUAUGUAACAAAAGUUCCCUGCACUGUAUAUGGAAUUACAUUUUUUUUCGAUUUUUUAUAUAUAUUUUAAUUGUUUGAUCCUUAAAUUAAUUAAUAUUUAUUCAUUUAAAAAUGAAUAGAUUUAUUAUAAAGUUCAUUUAAUAAUUUAUAGUCCCUAUAUAAUCUAUACAAGCGCAUACACUUUUUUGCAGAUUGUCUAAAUAUCAUCGGGAUCGAGAUUCCUUUAUUUGAUAAACAUAUGAAUACAUUCGAAUUUUCUCUAUUACAUUCCAGGAAUCAUUCUAUGGUUCUUAUCACAUGAAAUCAUGGACGAUGAUGAAGUGCCUCCAUUGGAGGACAUGUCAGAAAUCUUGCAACAAGCAGAGGUCAUCAGGUCAAAGGUUAAUAGUUCACAGGGUAAACAGUCUGUUGACCCCAGCCCCAGGGGAGCAGUUCCACAGAAGGGUCAGGGUACUAAGAAACCAAAGGAAAAAUCAUCAGAUACUCAAAAGGUAAAAUCAGCUGAGAAAAACGCGAGCAGUACACCUUCAAAAUCUUCUUCAUCCAGUUUUGGGGGGUUCAAAAAAGGAUUUUUAUUCAGAGGAAACAAUUCUUCAAAGUCAAACUCAAAAGCGACGAGUUCGUCUCCCUCCGGAUCAGGUGCCAGGAGUUCAUCUGACCUUCCUUAUAUAACAAAGAAGUCUACCAGUGAAAGUCGUACACUCCCAGAGGUUCAACAAACAUUGUCUGCAGAGGCUCAGAAAAUAGCACAAAACAAAGAUGAGUGGUUGACUGAUGUCCUGAUGAAGAAGAUUGAGGCUAACGACGCGUUGUUUAAGAAGCUGGGAGAUCCCAGGUAUGUGGAAACCGUCAACCAAUUCCAGACCGACCCGGUCAGAGCGAUGGAGCAGUACAAAGACAACAAGGAAAUCCAGGACUUCCUCACCUCAUUCUGCAAAGUCAUGG